CUGAAUUUGGAUGUGGAGAAAAAAAAAACAUAAUAAUGGAAGCGAGUCGGCAGGGCUAAAAUGGAGACCGCGUCAGUAAAGUGAUACUUGUGCUUCAUUCACCACUGGAACAUCGAGUCUUCUCUCCCCACGACAUUGUCCAGCAUGGCGGCCGACGUCCACAGUAAAGGGGUGACGUGGGACACACCGAACGGGAACCUGGCCCCGGUCGAGCAUCCCUCCAACAGCAGAUCGGAGAGCCCGACUCCGGGGCUUGUAGAAGGGACAGAGCCAGGCGCGGGUCAGGAGCGAGCCAUGUUCGUCCACACUCAGUCUUUUGAAGACCUGACGGCCGACGUCGAGACGGAGGUGGAGGAAAAGGAGGAGGAGGUACAGCAGGAAGAAGAUGAAGCAGACGGAGGUGUAGGAGGAGAAGGAGAGGGAUCGGGCGCUGUAGAGGAGCCGAGACAGGAGGUGCAGGCUAUAGUCCGGGAGAAGGAGGAAGACGUGACGAGCGAGGCGUGGCGCUCGCACAAGAAGCACGUGUUCAUCCUGAGCGAGGCGGGGAAGCCUAUUUACACACGCUACGGCUCAGAGGAGGCGCUCUCCACCACCAUGGGGGUCAUGAUGGCGCUCGUGUCGUUCGUAGAAGCCAAUAAGAACGUCAUACUCUCCAUUCACGCAGACGGUUUCCGCGUGGUGUUCCUGCGUAAGAGUCCGCUGGUGUUGGUGUGCGUGUCGCGCUCGGGUCAGUCGGACGGCGAGCUGUGGCGCGAGCUCCACUACGUCUACUAUCAGAUCCUGAGCCUGCUCACCCUGCCUCAGCUGCAGCGCGUCUUUCAGCACCGUCAGAGCUACGACUUGCGCCGCCUGCUGGCCGGGUCGGAGCGCGUGACCGCGGGGCUGCUGCGGCUGCUGGAGACGGACGCGGGGCUGAUGCUGAACGCCACAAUGAGCCUGCCGCUGUGCAGCACCACGCGCAACAUCGUCUGCACCAGCCUGCAGGCGGCCAGCUCCAAGAACCUGGUCUUCUCCGUGCUGCUGGCCGGGAAUCGACUCGUCGCUUUGAUCAGGAAGAAGGAGCAGCACCUCCACCACACCGACCUCCACCUGCUGUCCAACCUUGCCGCCUCGUCCUCGUCUUUCAGGCAGGGCGAAGGCUGGACGCCCGUCUGCCUGCCCAAGUUCAACGCCUCCGGCUUUUUCCACGCGCACAUCUCGUACCUGGAGCCGGCAUCCGAUCUCUGUCUGAUCUUGGUCUCCACGGACCGAGAGGACUUCUUUAACCUGUCGGACUGCAAGCAGCGCUUUCUGGACCGGCUGAAGAAGCGUAACGCCUACCAGCCCCUGUUGGACGCGCUGCACUCGCCUACCUACCCCGUCUCGCAGGUGGGCAUCCCCGAGCUCUGGCACUUUGUCUACAAGUCCAAAAGCUCCGGGCUUUACACCAGCCCGGAGUUUCCUGUCCCGUAUCACACCGCGGAGGAGCAGGAGAGGCUGAUGGAGCUGUACCGGUACCUCCACAGCCGCCUGCACCACCCGACACGACCCCUGCGCUCCAUCUACCGCUGCACCAACACCGAGAACCUGCUCGCCUGGUCCACCAGUGGCUUCGAGCUCUACCUCUGCUUCAGCCCUCUGGCUACAAAAGCCCUGGCCGUGUCAGCCGUGACUAAACUGCUGAAGUGGAUCAGGAAGGAGGAGGAUCGUCUCUUUAUUCUCAACUCGCUCACAUAUUGAUGCGGAAGGACUGUAGGGGGCGCACCAGCCUCCUGUAGGCCACGCACACGCACACACACACUCACAC